AUGGCGAGCGCGGUGGACCCAGCGGGAGAUCCAAUCCCAACGUCGGAGGUGCUGACGGCGGCGGCGAAGCACAUUCAGUUCAGCUGCCAGGCCGAGAACGUGGCUUUCCUCAAGUGCAAGAAGAAGGACCCGAACCCCGACAAGUGUCUCGACAAAGGUCGUCAGGUCACCCGAUGCGUCCUCACCCUGCUGAAAGAUCUUCAUCAGAGCUGCACAAAGGAGAUGGAUGCUUACGUCGGGUGCAUGUAUUACAAUACAAAUGAGUUUGAUUUAUGUCGCACAGAGCAGGAGGAAUUCGAGAAAAAUUGUCCGUUGGCAUGAGAAUCCUACCCCUAGUUUCUGGAGCUCAACUUAUUUUCUUAGUUGUUAUGUCCAAAUUUUGCCUGGGAAAUGCUUCCUUUCCUUGCAGGAAAAUUUACACCCUUUUAAAGCUUGAUUGAUUUCUCUUGUAUAGCACUUGGUACUGUAAUGGAAUAAUUGGUUUAAUCAUGAAAAAACCAAUCCUUGUUUGGUUUCCUUUAAAUUUA